GGAGGCGGAGGUCGAUUGGACAGGUGAGAUCGCGGAUCGCUCACCUGCCGCACUGCUUUCGGUGCUCCGAACAGGGACGGGCGCACUGUCUCGAGUAGCUCCGGAUAGUUUUCAAAAACAACCAUCCCGAGAUCGUGGAGGAUUAGAAUUUAACGUCGUGAAAUCAGCUUAUCUUUGGAAAAGGCAAGAUGUUUAAAAAGAAAUCUAAAAACAUAACAACGCCCACCAAAAAGGAGCCUUCGAAGCUCACACAGCUCAUCGAGCGGCUACAAAAGAAUGCAGAUACGGUGGAGAAGAACAUCUACCAGGUUGAGGAAAGCCUUCUGCAAGAUGUCAGACGCAUAGAGGAAGGGAAAAAUGUGUUAUUCCAAGAGGACACAGGCAGAUUGAUGGAUGAUUCGGAUAAAAUACUAGAAAACCUUCGAGAAGAUUCACAGACUGCCCUCGCUGAGAAGCAUCCCCAAUCCGAUAUGAUUAUAGAGGAUAUCAAACAGUUGCAAGAAAGAGUCAAGAAGCUGAGACUGGAACACAAGAAGGUUUACAAUCUUAGCCGGCCAGAUGGAAUUCCUACAAUCGAUUGGUCCAAACUGAUCAAUGAGAAGCAGGUAGAGCUGAACAACCAGGGUUUUGGAAAUGAAUUGCCUUUUGUCGAUCAACAGUUGGAACACCACCAGCUCUUCACUAAAGAGGUUGAAACGAUUGGGGAUCACAUCCAAAAGAAUGAGAAUCAGGAUUACGUCAGUGGCAUCCAAAUGAAUUACAACAAACUUCUGAAAGGAACACAGCAGCGGCAGAAGGACCUGUCAAGCCUCCGUGACUACAUGCAGAACUGCACCAAUGAGCUGUACUGGAUGGACACCCAGGAGGAGGACCGAAUGCGUUAUGACUGGAGUGACCAGAACCUGGACUACAAAAACCGCCAUCGUCAGUACGAGAGUUUUGUGAACCGACAUUUGGAAGCUAAAGAAGCAGCUGUUUCCAAACUCCACGAUGAAGGCACCAAUCUGCUGCAGAUGAACCACCCAGGAAGGAAUGCUGUUGAGGCCCACAUGGAAGCUGUGCACGCAGACUGGAAGGAGUACCUCAACCUGCUGAUCUGUGAGGAGAACCAUCUCAAAAACAUGGACGACUACCACAAGUUUUACAAAGACUCGAAGGAUAUGCAGGAGCUUCUGAAAAAAAUCGACAAUGACCUGGACUUGAAGUACAAUCCAGAUUUCAAAGAUGAAUUCCAGCUUCAAACUUUGCUCCAAGACCUCCAAGAUCAGGACCGAGCGUUGGAGAAGUACGAUGAUGCAGUGAAAUCCCUGAAGAAUCGCAGCUACCAGGUGCUACCUCUCCAGUAUCGCCGUGCCAGCCCUUCCAAGCCUGUCCCAGUGGAGGCUCUCUGUGACUUUGAUGCAGAAGAGACACACAUUCAACGUGGAGAGAGGUAUACACUGCUCAAGAACAUCAAUGGGACACACUGGGAGGUGUCUAAUCCGGCUGGUCAGAAGCAGAAGGCUCCUGCUGUUUGCUUCAUAAUCCCCCCAACUGACCCUGAGGCAGUAGCAGUCGGAGAUGACAUCACUAAUCAGUACGACGGAGUCAAGCUGAAGAGUAGUAUGGCCAAGAAUGCUGUCCAGAGACGUUUGAAUGAGCUGAAACAUGUCAAUACACCAGCACCAAAGACCACUGUGGUUCCUGUGUCAAACACCCAGGACCAGCAAUGUCUGAAGCUGCUUACUGACUUGGAUAAAAUACAGAACAAUGUCAUCAGUCAGGAGAAGGCCAUCCAAUCCUGUACCCGGCCACCUCUUGAGCAGGGGAAGCCUAUCCAGGACAUCAAGGACCGGAUUCAGGAUCUGAAGAACAUCAAUGGUUCAAUCGGUGAAAUUGAAAUAGCAAAGAUGUCAAAAGAAAGAGAGUGCCAGAACUUCCUCUCGCAGAACCCACAAGCAGCUGGAGCACCUCAGCUUCGCACCAAGCUGGAUGACACAAACAAGAAGUUUGACCAAGUCAGCCUCCUGCUCAACAGCUCCGAAGAAAAGGUUCAGGCUGUAAACGACCUGGAGAAUUCCCUGCAGAAGAGCAGAAACAUGCUCUCAGAGUUCGAAAACAAGCUGAUAAAGGAUCAAACGAUUCCAGAUAGCAACUGGGGGCUGGAUUCCAAGAAGCAAGAACUCGAAGCCUUGCGCUCUGAGCUGAAAACCAAGAAACCAGUCCUGCGAGAUGCAGAGCAGAACCUGAGCUCUGUGAAGAGAGCCUGCAACGUCCUGGCGGACAACUUCCAGGAGCACUGCCCAGAUGUCGAGCGGCAGGACACAGAGGUGAAGAAGCUCAAUGAACGCUAUGACAACCUCAACAAGCAAAUGGACAGACGGAUUGAAAAUCUGGAAAAGGCCAAGAAUGCAUAUUCCAGUUUCCGGAAUCGUAGUGAUGCUCUGGACAGCUGGCUCUCCAACGUACCAAACUAUGAACCACGGGAAACUGACAGUGCCAAAACCAUCGACAAUAAGCUGAGGAACCAAAUGCGUGUCUUAAGUGACAUUACCAAUAAAGAGCCAGAUUUAGCAAAAGCAACGAACAAUGCACAGCAAUAUCAGGAGGCAGCUAAGGAUUAUGAACAUGAAGCCGAGUUGUUUAAAUCACUGAUCCAGCCAGACAGAGCACAAUCCUCCAAAAAAGCAAAAUUCACUUCGCCGGCUGAUAAAGUUAAGGAUGAGGAAACUGCUCUGGCCACUAAAUUUGCAACAGUGAGUGCUGUCAACCAUCAACGGAUGCAGAACCUGGAGUUUGCACAAACCCUUUUGAAACAGCAACCGGAGACGCAAGUAAUCCAGCAACAAGUUCAAUCGCAGAACUAUGCAGCAGCACCUAGCAACAGGCUGGAAAAACAACUGAAUGAUGAGCUGCAGCACAGGGAAGGAGUGGAGAAAGAAAUCAAGAAAGUACAAGAUGAAAUUGCAGUCCUGGAGAGUCAGCAGGUCAAGGGAUCGUUCCACAAGAAAGAGGUUGUCAAGAAGGUCCCUGACCCACAGCUAGUUGAAGAGAUGCAUAGGGUCCAGGAGUCAUUAGCAGAUGAGCAGUUGCAAAAGACGACUCUGGAGAAUGAACUGGAGAUCUUGCAGCGCAAGUUGCUUUCGUUGGAGAAAAUGAAAAAAGACCCUGCAAAGCAAUAUGUGGUCAAGGAAGUUCUUCGAAUUGAACAAGAUAAGGAUCAGGAAAAUGAGAUACUGAGGCUCAAGGAGGAGCUUGAAGAGAUCAGGAGACAAAAAUUGGCAAAGGAGAAUGACAUCCUGCUGCUUCAGAAACGUCUCCGUGAUUUGACCGAAGAGAAGAAUAAGGAACAUGAGAAAAUCACAGAACAAGAAGUGUUCACGCUAAAAAAUGACCCUGAGUUGGAAGCAGAGUUUCACCGCCUGCAGGACAACAGACAACAUGAAAGUCUGUUGAGGCAGCACAAGGAGGAGGAGCUAAGGGUCCUUCAGUUGAAGCUGAAACGACUGCAGAGAGAAAAAGACAAGGAGGAGGAGAAAGUGACUGUGAAGGAAGUCAUCAAGAUGGAGAAGGAUGCAAAUUUGGAGAAGGAGGUUAUAAAUCUUCGCCGUCAACAUGAAGAUGAGAUGGCCAAAAAGCGGUCACAUGAGCGAGAAAUUAGUGAGCUUGUGAAAAAGAUCCAAAAACUUGAAGAAGAAAAGUCUAAACCAGUAAUCCAGGAAAAGGUGCGGGAGAUUGUCAGGCCUGAUCCCAAUGCUGAAAACCAGGUAGCCACCUUGAGAACUGAUCUCCUUGAGCAGCAGCGAAGAUACAAUGACGCAGAAUUACAGCUAAAGAGUGUUCAUGAUGAAAUCAGUCUCCUGAAAGAUAGGGGUCCAAAGAUUGAGAUAAAAGACAACAUAAAGGAAGUCAUUAGGUACAAGCCAGAUCCUGAAACUGAGCAGGAGUUGGAGAAAUUAAGGGAUGAGGUAGUGGAUAAAUCCCGACAAGUGGAUAGAGCCAAAAUUGAGAUAAAGCAGCUUGAAAAAGAGAUUGAAAUGCUAAAGAACAGUAAGCCCCAGGUUCAAAUUAAAGAAGUUAUUAAUGAGGUCAUUCAGUACCGAGAAAAUCCAAGUACGAAGGAAGAGCUAAAUCUCCUCAAAACCAAGCUGGCGGAAGAACAGCAGAAGCAAUUGGAGCAAGAGAGGGAGCGAACAAUAAAUGAAGAGAACAUCCAAAAGAAGAAGAAGGACCUAGCUCAAGUGAGAGAAAAAGUGGUGCAGCAGGAGGUUGUGAAGCUGGAGCAAGAUCCAACGUUGAAGGCAGAAUGUAGUUCAAUGGCAAAUGAGAUUGAGCAAGAAAGAAGGCAGAAGGAAAAUCUGAAAGCCCAGAUCCAAACAUUGCAACUACGAAAAGCUGACUUGGAAGAGCAGCUGCAAGAACUUGAAGCAGAGAGAGAGGCUCGGCGCAACGCUGAGCUGGAAGUCAAGAGGCUAAAGGUCAAACUCAGUGACCUCGAGGAGAAAGAAAAAGAGGUAAGGGAUAAAGUCUUGGUGAAACACAAGGUUGUUCUGAAGCAGGAUCCUCAACAAGAUAAAGAAAUUUCACUGCUUAAACUUCAUGUAGAGGAAGAAAAGGCAAAUCGAAAUGAACUUGAAAAUAACCUUCAGGCCCUGAGACUCAAACAGAUAGAGCUUGAAACAAAGAAAGUCAAGGAAAAGAAUAUCUAUACCGAGAAAGUUCAGGUAGAACGUGAUCCUGAGACAGAAUUAGAAGUUCAGCGCCUUCAGAAAAAUUUGGAAGAGGAAGGAAAACUAAAGCAAAACUUACAGAAUGAACUUGACCAUUUGAAGGCUAGGCUGUCAGACAUUGAGUUCAAGGAUAUGAAGUCUUUGAAAGACUUGGAGCAUCUGAAAAAUGAGCAUACAAAUCUACAGAGGGAGAAACAAAAUCUGCUAAGUGAACGUGAGAGGCUGCAUUCUGACAUCCAGGUAACCAUUCAGCAAACCAGAGAAGUUCAGUCAGAGAAGUCAAUACCAGGCUCUGGCAAUGUGGAUCUUCUGGAGUCCCGAUUCACAUCCCUGCAGAAAGAGUUGGAUGAUCUAAGGAAAUCAAGCACAUCCAAAGAUGCUGAGAUUGCCAAAUUGGAAAAAGAAUUAGCUGCACUGAAAAUAAAGAGGGAGCAGAGGGAGAACAGUUUACGGCGUCACAUUGUAGUAAUUGAUCCAGAUACUGGCAAAGAAAUGACUCCACAGGAAGCCUACAAACUUGGCCUCAUCAACUGGGAUAUGUAUGUCAACCUUGAAAAUCAGGAAUGUGACUGGGAAGAGAUGACAGUCAAAGGUCCUACAGGCACUUCUACCAUCCUCCAUGACCGGAAAUCAGGACAAAAGUAUUCAGUCGAUGACGCUCUGCAAAAGGGCAAGAUUACUGAGAAGCAGUAUAAACAGUUCCUGGACAAGGAGAUCCCGAUCCAUGAAUUUGCUGUAUUGUUAACAGGAAAAGAUUCACUGCCACACAACGACACAGUAAAGGCAAAUAGUUAUCAGCCAAUUUCAUCCUCUAGUCCCAGUUUAUUUCCUCCAAAGCAAGGUAAAGGUAAACAGCAGGCAAUUGGAGGCAUAUUUGAUGUGAACACAGAUGGGAAAAUGUCCGUCACCAAUGCAGUUAACCGAAAUCUGAUCGACUCAGAGACAGCUCUGAGGCUUCUGGAAGCCCAGUCGGCAACUGGUGGAAUUAUCUGCAUUAAAGAUGGCAGCCGUUACAAUGUACAGAAGGCUGCAGAUCUUGGUUUGAUUGAAAAUGGACUAAUACAGAGACUGUCCAGUGCUGAGAGUGCCUACACUGGCGUUGAAGAUCCUAAGACCAAGAAAUUUCUGUCUGCUGCCAAGGCUGCUGAGCGUGGCUGGCUUUAUGCUGAGGCUGCAGAGUGGUAUCUGGAAGCUCAGUACCUCACUGGAGGCCUGGUUAACCCCGUCACAUCCGAGCGAUGUUCGCUAAAACAGGCGAUAGCAUCUGGUCUGAUAGAUGAAGAUAAGGCCGAGAGACUCCAAAACGACACCACUUACCCGAAAAACAUGGUGGAACCAAUUAGCGAGCAUCUCAUUAAUUAUAAGGAAGCUCUGGAUCUAUCGAUUAUUGACCCGGAUACCGGGCUGCUACUGUUACCUGUCUCCUCCAAGUCUCAAUAAGGUCUUUAUUUUCACAUGAAAAUCACAGAGUCUGCAGCAUUCAAUUUACCAGCCCCUUUGAAAAGAGAAGAAUAUUGUCAAAGAACUCUUGUAUGAAACUAAUUGAAUUUAUUUGGGAUGUGGGUGCUACCUGAAUUAAAGUCAAUGUAAUAUAAAUUAAUAUAACUACUAUUGCAUGAUUUGUUUUUCAAUUUGCUAUUUUCAUUUUAUUAUCCUUUAAACUUCACCUCUCUAUUGCAUAUAUUUUAAAAGAAGCAUAAACAUAAAUUAUCCCAUGUCACAAUUCAACCUUGUAUGUAAUUGUUCCCCAAUAAUUUGGCCCUUACUGUCAUUGGGGCUAUGGAAAUCUAUUCCCCCUGAGAAGGCUCUUCCCCAAUUUUUGAGAACUGGAUUACUUUGAUAGUUGGGGGUGGGCCUCCUACCUUGCUAAGCCCAGCCAGGAAUGAAACAUAAAUCUCAAACAAAAAUCAAAUUGACAAGUAACUUGACGUUGCAGCUCCAAAAGUACAUGCUUAUUUUCCAGUCAAUGUUUGAGGCCUUUUGGAAGGCCUUCAGGUUCUCAAGCUCUGUUAAGGCUUUUCAAGGUUGAAGCUUUGUGAUGAAGCUUUUUGCGUCUUGGGGGGAGUCAGGCAAAAGGCCUACUCUCAGUUCUAUCUAUCAGAAUUUAAAAACUUAGGAUAGUUUCAGGCCAUGUAAAUAAUCCAACUCAUAUUUCAAUUCCCCCAAUAUCAAGUCUUUCAUAAUUUCCCUGGAAUUAAAGGGUCUUUUGCAGUAUAUAAAUUACGUAACUGGAGAAGUAGAGCUUAAGUGCAGAAUGUUCAAUGAUAUAUCACCCUUCUCUUUAAAAAAAUGCAUUUCCAAAGCAGAUUUAUUUUUGGCAAUAGUACUUUCAAAAGUUUAAACCUACUCAUCUUCCAAGAAUGGCAUGAGCUCCAAGACCCACUUGCCAAAUGAAGAAAGUGAGCAAAUAUAUUCAUUCUGUUUUAGGAAUCAAUGAUAUGUUCAAAUACUGCUUGAAAUGGAACAAAGCAAUUCCAAAAACAGUGAGUGUAACUGGAUAGUCCCAAAUCCCCAUUUUUUCUUUCUGUAGGAGGGAAAAUCUCGAGCUAACUACACAUGAAAUAUAACUCUUUUACAGUGAAGCAAAGUGUUAAGCAAUUAUUGUGGACUUUUGUAAGAUUAAGUUUGGCUGAUAAUUGUUAACAAAAUGGAACUAUUUAGGAAGAUAAUAGAUAACUGCAUGAAUUUGUUACAUUAAUGAUAGUUCUUUGCUUUAGCUACAAGUUGCAUUUAUGGCAUGUUUCCUUUAUGGGAUGUUUAUUUAUAUUAAAAAAAUGGUCUGGUUACAAAAUGAAA